UCUACUAGAGCAGAAGUUAAGGAAGCGGUGGGACAUAUUUCCAAUGAUGGGAACUUGAACAUGGAUCAAGUACAAACCUCCAGAAGAGGCUGUUUUUCAGUUCGAUACUUGCUGGCCUUCAUUUUGCAGCUCUGUAAUUUUUCUGUUUACACCCAACUAAUGAAUUUAAGCAUUGCCAUCCCAGCAAUGGUUAACACCACAGUCCUGCCCAGCCACCCCAAUACCUCUACAGCAGGACCCCCCAAUGUUUCCGAGGACAACUGGAAUGAAGCCCAGAAAAAAAAUAUGGCAAUGGCCCCAGUGUAUGACUGGAGUCCUGAAAUCCAGGGAAUCAUUCUCAGCUCCAUCAACUAUGGCUCAUUUUUGACUCCCAUUCCCAGUGGCUAUAUAGCUGGAAUAUUUGGAGCCAAGUAUGUGGUCGGAGCUGGCAUAUUUAUUUCAUCAGUCCUGUCUUUAUUCACCCCACUGGCAGCUGAUACUGGGGUGGCCUUGAUCAUUAUCAUUCGGAUUGUCCAAGGAAUAGCACAGGUUAGUGUAACAACAGGUCAAUAUUCAAUUUGGAUCAAAUGGGGUCCCCCACUGGAAAGAAAUAAACUUAUCGCCAUAGCAAACUCAGGGUCAUUGCUGGGAUGCUUCAUCAUUCUUCUCACUGGUGGUGUCCUUUGCCAGACUGUAGGAUGGCCUUAUGUCUUCUAUAUUUUUGGUGGAGUGGGCUGUGUCUGUUCUUUUAUCUGGUUUUCUCUUAUUUCUGAGAAACCCACAAAUCAUCCGUUCAUCAGCACAGCUGAGAAGGAGUACAUCGAAUCUUCACUGGCUCAAGAGGAUGGCCCACCAGGGUGGUCAGUUCCCAUUAAGCCUAUGGUCAAAUCCAUACCACUUUGGGUCAUUUUCAUUUCUAUUUUCUGUGAACACUGGCAAAUUUAUAUUGUUCUAGCAUACUUACCAACAUACAUCAAUUCUAUGCUUCAAGCUGACUUCAAAUCUAGUGGAUUCCUGUCAGCCCUGCCAUUUGUUACUGCAUUUGUCUUCCUUAUACUCGAGGGUCAGUUGGCGUAUUUCCUGUUCUCCAGAAAGCUUCUUAAACUUAGCACAAUCAGGAAACUCUUCACAGCUGUAGGAGUUCUCUUCUCAAGUCCUUUCCUCUUGUCUCUUUAUUGGGUGAGAUCCAGCCACAGCACCACUAUGGCCUUCUUGGUACUGUCCGCUAUCUUCAGCAGCUUCAAUGAACUAGGAGUGUUAAUUAACGUCAUGGAUAUUGCUCCACGGUAGGCAUCCCUUUGCUUUGGGAGUAUCAAAGUCUUUAGUAACAUGGCUGGAGCCAUUUCUCCUGCUGUUUCUGGAUAUUUACUCAGUCAGGACUCGGAGUUUGGUUGGAGAAAUGUCUUCUUCCUUUCAACUGCCAUUAACAUAGUGGGCUUGAUCUUCUACGUCAUCUUUGGCCAAGCAGAGGUCCAGGACUGGGCUAGAGAGUAGACUUUCACCUGA